AUGGACUCAAUUGCCCAAGGAUAUAAAGGAGUAGAUUUGGGAAGCUGUUCAAAUGGCUUAUGUUGUUGGGCAAGGGGGCAAGAAGAUGGUGCUAUCGUCUGCCGCCAAAAAUGGAAGGAUUUCAAGUCUACCUUAACGAGGCAGUUUAUCAUUCCAUUCACAAAUGACAAGGACAAGUUAAAAGAACCCCCUCAACUAUAUCAAUUAAUAGAGAAAUCAGAAUGGUAUGCCUUUGUAGCUUCAAGGUUAUCCCCAGAAUUUGUGGCUGUGCAUACUGAACAGUCACAGAGAAGGGAAAAAUGCGAGUACAACCAUAGGUUGUCUCGAAAAGGGUAUGUUGGUUUAGAGGAUCAAUUAAAAGAAACCAUGCCCAAUGAAGAAAUUGAUUGUUCUCUAUUAUGGAGGAAGGCUAGAGAAGAUAAACAGGGAAACAUCCCUGAUCCAAAGGUUGUAAAGAAAGCAAAAUUAAUCGUAAGCCUCACUCACUCUGUUUUAAAUCUGAAAAACAGAGAAUUUUAA